UGUGGUGAACUGUUUUUGCUUAUGGCAAUGUAUAUUGAAGACUCGUUGCACUGAAUGUAAAUAAGUUGCAAACUGUAACAAAAAAGAUAUUAUACGUGAUUAAAAUGUACAAGAUAUAAUUAUUUGUACGUGAAUAUAAAUGAUCGUAAAAUAAUUACCAAGAUCAAUUUUUGCGGCUUCUCCUAGUGAUUUUGACGAAGAUGUAGUGUCAGUCUUUCUGUUAGUGUUGCUUGUCGUGCUUUGUAAAUAUUGUUCACAUUUUGCGUCCUUUAUUGGCGGCUUACAGCACUGUAAAGGAAACGAUUGUGGAAAUUAAAAUUAUAUUGACAACGUUAAUUUAAUAAGAAAUCAUGGCAGAUGAUGAUUUUGAUGGCGACGAAGUUGCGGAUGACUUUGAUGAUGUUGAUGACGAUGAUAACAUUGAAUUAGAACCUCAGGAAGAAGAUGGUGAAAAUAUAGAGUUAAUAGCAGCCGGGGAAGCCACAGGUGGAGUACAAAGAUCAAAAAGAAUUACAACGAGGUAUAUGACAAAAUAUGAAAGGGCAAGGGUGUUAGGAACGAGAGCAUUACAAAUAGCUAUGUGUGCUCCUGUAAUGGUGGAAUUAGAAGGAGAAACAGAUCCAUUACAAAUUGCAAUGAAAGAACUUAAACAGAGAAAAAUUCCAAUUGUUAUUAGGCGUUAUUUACCUGAUAACAGUUAUGAAGAUUGGGGAAUUGAUGAAUUGAUUAUAAUAGAUCAUUAAAUAGCUAUUUAUUUUGUAAACUUGACACAUAGGUUUAAGAUAAUUUAAGUACACAAAUUUAUUGAGCCAAUAACAUUUUGUAAGAUGUGUUUGUACAGAAGCAAAAUAAUAAACAUUGUUUAAACAGAAUUAAA